AUGAGUCAAUUUGCUACCACGUAUAACGAGUUCUCGCUGAGAAGCGAAAGCUCAAUACCGUCGAGGAAGAGAUGCAGAAGGGAGGGUGGGAAGUGGACUCGGUCAGGUUGUCUGACCUGCAAAAGGCGCCGAAAGCGCUGUGAUGAAGCUAAGCCUGGAUGCCAGAAUUGCGCCAGGUUAGGGCUCAGCUGCGAAGGAUAUGGCUCGGUGUGGGCAAAGCCUCUCGAUCCAGGCGCACAAGUCUUUCAACAAGUUGGACUAUCAAAGCGACGCAGAAUUAGUCGCUCUCAUUCUGCGUCCGUCGGCUCAGAUGGAUCCUCCCAAGACCAUCCAUCUCCCAAAUUGACCUCGUUUCCUUCAAACUCUCUGAAUACAUCAUGUUCAUCCAUGUCGAAGUACGAUGCCGAUGAAACCCGCUGGUGGGAAGUUGGCUGGAGGAUCGCUGACAACAGAAACGAUACCGAAAAGUCUGUUACUGCUCCUCACAAUGACAGGUCUGGUGUGAUCACCAAGUCUUUUGGGUACAUUAGUCAUUUGACUGCCCUCGAGACGCUUUACCUCCAAUAUUAUGUGGAACGAGGGUCCAAACUGUUGGCGAACUUGGAAAAUGAAGAGAAUCCAUUGCGAUCAUUGCUCAUUCCUCGAGCCCACUCCUCUCCCCUUUUAAUGAACGCUCUAUGCGCGCUGUCUGCCAUACAUCUCGCGAACCGUACAAGUGAUAGCUUGUGCGCCCAAACUGCAGCAGCGGAUUACUACAUUCAAACAAUGAGAGGCGUUCGGAUCGCACUUACUGAGCGUUCCACCGAUAAGUUUCCCGAGGACGCUCUUCUCUCGGUUGCUCUUCUUUGCAAGUUUGAGAUAGUACGUGGAAGCGUGAAGCAGUGGACGGUGCAUCUGCAUGCAUUAGGAAAACUGAUACUGUCUCGCGGUGGAUUCGACUCCCUCAGUCAAGACACGGCUCAUUUUCUGCGAGGACUGGACCGAGCUAACUUUCAGUUCAGUUUUGUAUACGGGCAAAAUUUGGCAAAAUUGACGAACCCUAGACUGAUCACCGCGGCCUUGUCGGACCUAAAUCAUGCAGAGAUUACCAGGCUCGACAUAUACAUCGGCUACACUGAGAGAAUUAUCAAGCUGUGUGCGAGGAUUGCGGAUCUGCCUCUUCUUUACGGUGACCCAGUUGCCCUAGGCUUGGAAAUUCAUACAAUCGACGAGUCGCUUCGUAAUUGGACAAAAUAUUUACCAUCGUACAUUAUACCUAAGGGGACAACAGAAGAAAACCUCACCCGUCUGCACAUGGUAGCGGAAUGUUUCUGCAACGCUGCAUACAUUUAUCUCCAUUCCACGCUAGAAAGGAUGAUGCGGGGGCUUACGCAAAGAGCAUUCUCGAUUUGGACUUCCUUCAUAUCAUUAUCAAAACGGGGGGCAGUAGAGCGUUGUCUCAGAACUAUUCGUUCAUCGCCACUCGACGACCACUGCGAGUAUUCCGCGCUUACUUUUCCACUCUUCAUCACAGGAUGCGAGUGCGAAGAGACGAUAGACCGAGAACUGAUUAUGCGAUCGUUGACUCAACUGGAAGGUAAUUUCGGUAUCGGGAAUGUUAAGCGCGCAAAGGAACUACUGAAUAUCCUCUGGACAGGAGAAAAGCUGCAUUGGCUCGACGUUUUGGAACACCUGAAAUGGGAUUUAAUCCUAACGUGA